AUGGGUUUCCUUUACUCACAAUUUCUCGUUACUCCAACAUAUCCAACACAGGAUUUCGCCGACCAGACCGUGCUCAUCACCGGCGCUAAUGUCGGCUUAGGGCUGGAAGCUGCACGUCACAUCACGCGACUAGGCGCAGCACGAGUGAUCCUUGGUGUUCGAAACGUGGCUGCAGGCAAAGAAGCAAAAAAAGACAUUGAGAAGUCUACAGGCCGCCCAGGCGUCUGUGAAGUGUGGGAGAUCGAUCUGGCUUCCCACGCCUCGGUCCUUGCCUUUGCCGAGCGCAUCUCAAAGCUCCCCAAGCUCGACGCAGCCAUCCUCAAUGCAGCAAUCGCCACAACACAGUUCAGCACUGCCGAGGGCUAUGAGCGAAGCGUCACUGUCAAUGUCAUCAACACUCUAUUCCUCGGUCUUCUCCUCCUGCCAACCCUGAAAGCUACACGUCAAAAGAACCCAUCCCGCACGCCCCGACUUACCUUCAUUGUUAGCGAGGUACACGCAUGGGUGGAUUUCACAGAAUGGAAGGAAGACGAGCCAAUGAAGUUCAUUAGCGACGAAACAAAUGCCAAAAUGCACGAGCGUUACCCAUUAUCGAAGCUGCUCCAGGUGCUGCUUGUGCAGGAAUUAGCAGGGCGGGUGCCUGGAUCAGAGGUGAUCGUUAACAUGGUCAACCCUGGCUUCUGCCACUCACAACUAACACGAGAGGGUGGCUGGAAGUUAACAUUGAUGAAAAUGGUAUUGGCGCGAUCCACAGAGGUUGGAUCUCGAACGCUGGUGGCGGGCGCUGCCGCUGGACUCGAAAGCCACGGUGCAUACAUGACAGAUGGACAUGUAGAGAACACUGCGUUUUCUCCUUUUGUCCGCAGUGAUGAGGGGCGUCAAGCCCGUGAGAAACUAUGGGCGGAGCUGUCGUCGAUCCUUGAGGGCGUUCGUCCUGGGAUUAUGCAGAAUGUCUGA